AUGAGGAGCAAGCUGGGCAUCGUACCCAAGCAUUUACAUCGCUUUGAACAAAUCCCUGACCACGACGCCAUGCACAAUAAUAACGACGUCACUAUUGAUAUCCCUCUUACGGAACCUGGCCACAGUGGCUGGGGUUCCGCGAGUGGUUCUGGCUCCACGAAGGGCGUUGAGCUUGAUCAUGAUCUCCAGCACGCUGAAUCAGAGAAGCAUCUUAUCGCGCCUGGAAGGAGGAGGAGGACAGAUACUGAUAUACAUGAUGCUCGUGGCAGGGCUGCAGAGUCGCCUGAAGACGGCACAAUUAAUGCUGUUGGGCGGAUAUACCAGGCUAUCUACAAUUUCUCCAUCGUGACGCGUUAUAUGAUCUUUGUUGUGCCUGUUGGGUUGUUGAUCGCCGUUCCUAUUAUUGUGGGUGCUACUGCAGCGCCGAAUGCGAAGAUUGGUGGUGUUCAUAUUUGUUGGUUCUUUACUUGGAUUGAGGUUGUCUGGGUUAGUUUGUGGGUGUGCAAAAUUAUGGCGCAGUUCAUUCCUUUCGUAUUCCAGACUUUGUGUGGUAUUGUGAGCUCGGGAACGCGCAAGUAUGCACUUAUCUUGAAUGCCCUCCAGACUCCUAUCACUCUUUUGCUGUGGUGUAUUGUCUCGCUGGUGACUUUCCUUCCGAUUAUGACUUUGAACCCCAGCAAGCAAGCUGAUGGUGAUACUUCUGUCAAGUCUUGGGAGCACACUAUUAAGGACAUCCUGCUUGGUUUGCUCGUCUGCAGUCUGAUCUACCUGGCCGAGAAGGCUAUGGUCCAGUUGAUUUCCAUUAGCUAUCAUCGCAAGCAAUUCGACGCUAGGAUCAAGGAGUCCAAGCGAAACGUUUACCUCAUUGGUCUUCUCUUUGAGGCCUCGCGCAACAUGUUCCCCAUGUACUGCCCGGAGUUCCACGAGGAUGAUAUGACUAUCAUGGCUCCAGUUCUGACCCAGGCUACUAAGAAGAGCAAGCGGUCUUCGAUGAUGCCGCUGCGCAUGGUGAAGAACGUCGGUCGCCACGUUGGUCAGCAGGCUGGUCGUAUUGGUGAUAAAGUUCAAGCUGCGGUUGGGAAUGUCGCGGCUGAACUGACCGGAAAGCAAGUGUUCAACAAUAACGGUACUCACCAGGUGGUGAUUUCUGCCCUGGAGCGUAAGCGUUGUGCGGCGGCCUUGGCACGUCGUGUUUGGAUGUCUUUCGUUGUCGAGGGCCGGGACGCGUUGUAUAUGGAUGAUAUUGUUGAGGUUUUGGGACCCGACCACGAGGUUGACGCUGAGGAGUGCUUUGCCAUGCUGGACAAGGAUGGCAAUGGAGAUAUCUCUCUGGAUGAGAUGGUUCUUACUGUCACCGAAUUAGGCCGUAUGCGCAAAGCCCUGAACCACAGCAUGCACGAUGUCGACCAGGCUAUCGGUGUGCUGGACAACCUGCUGUUUGCCAUCGCUUCCAUCAUUGGCGUUCUGGUUUUCAUCUCUUUCGUGACUACUGGCUUUGGUACUGUCAUUGCCGCCGGAGCUACCUCCCUGCUCUCCCUGAGUUUCGUGUUCUCGACAACCUGUCAGGAAGUGUUGGGUUCUUGCAUCUUCUUGUUCGUGAAGCACCCCUUCGAUAUUGGUGACCGGGUUGACGUCAGCGACAAAGAUUACAUUGUUGAGCGCAUUUCCCUUUUGUUCACUGUCUUCCGUUCUAUCAACGACCAUCGUUUGACCCAGGUUCCCAACAACAUCCUCAACAGUCUGUGGGUUGAUAACCUCACCCGUGCCAAUGCCAUGCAUGAGCGACUCACUGUCCCUGUCGCCUUCGACACUACCUUUGCUGAGGUCGAGGCCUUGCGCGAGGAAAUGGAGGCCUUUGUCCGUGACAAGGAGAACUCCCGCGAUUUCCAGCCUGACUUUAACAUUGAAGUCAUUGGAGUCGGCGACCUCGACAAGCUUCAACUGCAAGUGGAUAUUCGUCACAAGUCCAACUGGGCCAUUGAGGCUGUCCGUUCUUCCCGCCGCUCCAAGUUCAUGUGUGCCCUCGUCCUGGCCAUGCGCAAGCUCAAGAUCCGUGCCCCUGGCGUCGCUGCUCCCGAGGAAGAAUCCAAGGAUGCAGAUGACGGUGAUGACAAGGGUGACGACGCGACCUCUACCAAAGGUGACUUCAAGUCAACCCUUACCCAGCCCGCCGCCGCUGCUGCAGUAGCAGCCGACUCAUCUCUAUCAGGCGAGAACGCACAAGCCACAGGAAUUGAAUCGAAGCCAUCUUUGGGGACACUCAAAAAACGCGGCUCAACCAUCAACUCUUCCGAAGCUGCUAUCGCAGAACGCCUCAACACCCGCUCGUACCACGCCGACCUAGCCCCAGAGGACAACAACCCCCUCCACCGCACCACGACAAACACCUCCAGCCAAGGCGGGCGCCAACUCAGUGUUAACAACAGCACAAUCGGCCGCGAGCCCUCAACCGGUCACCGCAAAGCAGGCCUGCGCGUCUCCUACAACCAAGACCCCAUGCCAGCCCCCCUCUCCCCCGUGCCUGCAGCCCUCACCCAAUCAGUCAGCAACGUUCCUAUCCUCCAACAACCCGCACCCCCAGGCUCCCGUGGCAGCGUGCGCUACGAGCCCCCCUCCCACAUCCCGACAAUAGAGCAACCGCAACCCCAACUCCCCAUCAUCGGGUCCCCGGAGUCAGGAACAUACAACACAUCCUACUACAACUCGCGCGCGGAGAACACGGCCUACGAGUCUGUUCAGCUGAGCGGGUACAAUGCUGAAUCUCAGCAGGCCAAUGAGUUGUACUCUGCUAGUCAGUAUGCGCCUACUGAGCGGUACGAUCCCGUUUCUCCGCCUGCCACCUAUCCUGUUCCUCCUCUUCCGCAGCACCAUGUGGAGGAGGAUAAUGGACGCCGACCUUCGUUCUUGUCGCGUGCUUUGAAGCGCGAGAAGUCGAAUCCGUACGGCGAUGAGGCGUAG